GCGAGAUGUGUGCACAUCAGGCUUACACAUCCUGGGGUGUGAGAGUGUUUGACCCCGAAUGCCCAAAGGAUCCACCAGGUAAGCACCAUCCACCACCCACGGGCCUGCAAGAGCUCGUGCCGCCUAAUUCAGGGAGGAAGGGACAACAGCCUUAUGAUAGGUGUGGUGUGUUUUGGUCCACUUAUUUUUCUUACUGCUAUACCCCUAGCACCUAAACAAGACCUAGCACAGAAUAAGUAUUCAAAGCACACUCAACAAAUGAAUAAAUCUAAAAUACCGGGAGCAUAAUUCAGCCAGAUGGAGUCAUAACCUCGAAAAGAUGCUUCCUUUAAGAGCCAAGAACUCUUUAGAUUACGAAGGAGUGUGCCAAACAUGAAUCCUCCUCUCUUGUCUCCCCUGCCCCCACCAUGGGGAGAACAAUGAAGAGCCCAGGGGGCUAGAAUGUGCCUCUUUGCCCUAAGUUACAUCAGAGCUGCUGAGCUGAGAGGGCCAGCUCGCAGGCCUGAAGUCCAACCCUCUCAUUAUACAGAUGAUGAAACUAAAUCGCAGAGGCAGAGAUGACCUGCGCCGGGUCAGGUUGCUUGCUUCCAGGCCAGCAAGAGCUUCUUCUGACACCUGUGUUGUCUAGACAGGAAGGGGGGAGAAUGAGAUGGCAAACCAGACGGCUGUGACAGAAUACAUCUUGCUGGGGCUCUGUGAGUACCAUCACCUCAAGAUGGUCCUGUUUGUGCUCUGCCUGGGCAUCUACUCCGUGAAUGUGCUGGGGAACUCCCUCCUCAUUGGGCUGAGCAUGCUGGACCCCCGCCUGCACAGCCCCAUGUACUUCUUUCUCAGCAACCUCGCCCUCAUGGACAUCUGUGGCACAUCCUCCUUUGUGCCUCUCAUGCUGGUCAACUUCCUGGAAGCCCAGAGGACCAUCUCCGUCCCUGGCUGUGCCCUGCAGAUGUACCUGACCCUGGCGCUGGGUUCCACGGAGUGCCUGCUCCUGGCCGUGAUGGCAUAUGACCGUUAUGUGGCUAUCUGCCAGCCACUUAGGUACCCAGAGAUCAUGAGCAGACAGACGUGUGUGCGGAUGACAGUGCUGAGCUGGGCGGCAGGCUUUGCCAACUCACUGCUGCACUCCCUUCUCACCUGGAGCCUCCCCUUCUGCGGCCACAAAAUCAUCAACCACUUCUUCUGUGAGAUCUUGGCAGUGCUGAAACUGGCCUGUGGGGACAUUUCUCUCAAUGCACUGCUACUAAUGGUGGCCACAGUGGUCCUGACGCUGGCCCCACUCCUCCUCAUCUGCCUGUCCUACAUUUUCAUCCUUGCUACCAUCCUUAGGGUGCCCUCUGCUGCAGGCCUGUGCAAAGCCUUCUCCACCUGCUCUGCCCACAUCACAGUGGUGGUGGUUUUCUAUGGGACCAUCUCCUUCAUGUACUUCAAGCCGAAGGCCAAGGACCCUGCCCUGGAUAAGAUUAUUGCAUUGUUCUAUGGGGUUGUGACACCCUCCCUGAACCCCAUCAUCUACAGCCUGAGGAACGCAGAGGUAAAAGCUGCUGCCAUAGCCCUGCUGUGGGGAGACCUGCUCUCCAGGAAAAUGUCCCACACUCCCUGUUGCUCUUCAACUCUACCAUGCAUGGCAGGCUAGGUGCAUCGUGGUAAUGACUUCCAAUUGCAGUGGCUGAAACCCACAAGGGUUUAUUUCUCGCUCUCACUGCAGGUCCAUUAGCAGUUGACUGGGUGGGUGGGGUCUGCUCUGAAUCAUGGUCUUCAUCCCUCUGGGCCUCAGGAUGAUAAGCAGCUACCAUCUGGAACACUGCUGGUCACCAUGAUAAAGCCUGCACUGGCUCUUCGAGCUUCACUUCCGCCUCUACUUCACCCACCAAUGCAAGUACGUGCCAUAGCUAACCUCAAGGGGCGGGCGAAGCACAAUCACCAUGUGUCUGGAAGGAGCAGGAAGACUGAGAAAUGUGUGAAUAGCCUAUUGGCUGCCACACUAUCCUACAGUCAAGCCAAGAGCCACUAGAGAUUUGUCGUCCUUUUCUCUGACCAUCACCGCCCCACACAUUCAGUCAGUCAUGAAGUCCUAGAGAAUCCACCACCGAAAAGCUCCUAAAUGGGUCCCCUCCUUCCUACUGACGCUGCCUCUCCAAGAAGCCCUCACUGACUCUCAAAUACUGCAACAGCUGUGUCACCGCACUUUCAUCCUGCAAACUCCCUUCAAAAUCCACCCUCUGCACUAGCUGUCAAAACGCCAAAAAACAAAACACCAAUCAGA